AUGAUUACAUUGGAUCCUAAUAUUACGAGCGACGCUCAAGAAGAGAAAGGGCAAGCUGUUAUAGAGAAUUGUUACUUGGGGCAGGAUGUUAUUAGUGAAACAUUAAGCUAUAAAGAUCUUUCAAAUACGACUCCAGAAUCUACUAUCGAUAAAUCAAGAUGGAGAAACUUCUUAGAUUCUUUUAAAAGGAUCGAAGUUGAAGAAGUGGAUCCAAACCUAACAGACAUAGAAAAAAUUGCAAUCAAGACUGCUCGUUCACCUUUACAGCAUAAAUUGAAGAGUAGACACCUUCAAAUGAUUGCUAUCGGAGGUGCUAUUGGUACAGGUUUAUUUGUUGGUAGUGGUAAAGCUUUAAGAACUGCAGGCCCAGCAGGUAUAUUAAUCGGCUGGGGUAUCACUGGUACCAUGAUUUUCACAAUGGUAAUGGCAUUAGGUGAACUGGCUGUCGUUUUUCCUGUCUCAGGUGGCUUUCUAACAUACGCAACAAGAUUCAUAGAUGAAUCAUUUGGUUUUGCAAAUAAUUUCAAUUACAUGUUUCAAUGGCUUGUUGCAUUACCACUGGAAAUUGUGGCUGCCUCUAUUACCGUCGAUUAUUGGGAGACACCUGUCAGAUACACUGAUGGGUUUGUCGCUCUUUUUUGGUUAGUAGUCGUCAUUAUCAACAUGUUUGGUGUCAGAGGUUAUGGUGAGGCAGAGUUUGUAUUUUCCCUAAUUAAAGUUAUCGCCGUCAUUGGGUUCAUCAUUUUAGGAAUCAUAUUGGUAUGUGGCGGUGGUCCAGUUGGUGGAUAUGUUGGUGGAAGGUACUGGCACGACCCAGGAGCAUUUGCUGGUCAUAGCCCAGGAAGAAGGUUUAAAGGUUUCUGUUCUGUUUUUGUUACUGCUGCAUUUUCUUUUGCGGGUAGUGAACUAGUUGGGAUUGCCAGUGCAGAAUCUAAAAAUCCCAGAAAAUCAGUUCCACAAGCUGCGAAACAAGUUUUCUGGAGAAUUUUGUUAUUUUAUAUCCUUUGUUUAUUAUUAGUUGGUCUUUUAGUCCCAUACACAGAUCCACGUCUCUUAGGCUCUUCAGGUGUAGAUGCAUCCGCUUCCCCAUUUGUCAUUGCAAUUGUUACUCAUGGGAUCAGUGGUUUACCAUCCGUUGUCAAUGUAGUUAUCCUAAUUUCCGUUUUAUCGGUUGGAAAUUCCUCCAUUUAUACCUGUUCUAGAACACUGGUAGCCUUAUCUGAACAAGGCUUCUUGCCUAAAACUGUCGCCUAUAUCGAUCGUAAAGGUAGACCACUUGUUGGUAUUGCUAUCUGUAGUGGGUUUGGUUUAAUUGCCUUUGUUGCCGCUUCAAAUAAAAAGGAACAGAUGUUUAACUGGUUACUUGCUAUAUCAGGAAUUUCUUCGUUUUUAACAUGGGGAAGUAUAUGUUUUUGCCAUAUUCGAUUUAGGUCUGCUUUGAAGGUCAAUGGCAGGAGUGACGAUGAAUUACCAUUUAAAUCUCCUGUAGGCAUUAUUGGUUCAUACUGGGGAAUGUGCUUGGCUGUACUCAUGCUAGUCGCUCAAUUUUACAACGCUUUGUUCCCAAUAGGAAGUAGUCCAAACGCUUAUGAUUUCUUUUCAGCUUAUUUAGCAGCACCUAUCGUCUUAGCAUUCUAUAUUGCCCAUAAACUUUGGAAAAGAAAUUGGAAGCUUUUGAUACCUUUAAAAGAUAUUGAUAUCGACACAGGUAGAAGAGAAACUGAUAUCAAUUUAUUAAAGCAGGAAAUUGCGGAAGAGAAGGCUGCAUUGGCGAUGAGGCCUUGGUGGUACCGUGUAUACGUCUUCUGGUGUGGCUAG